GAUUCACAUUGACUCGUUGUGUAACAUACCUAUGCGACAAGAAUGGCCGGCUAAUUCUGAUCCGACUAAUCUGGCUAAUCCGAGCUCCAAACUUAUCAUAUCUGCUGCCAUAUUUUGUUUUUAACCGACAAUAAAUCCUGGUUUCGCGGAAUAUGCAUCCGCCCCACUCCCAGCGACCGAUAGGUAAACGGGGCCGUGUUGUCGAAUGUCAGUGGUGACAUGGGCGACAUUCAGGCUGAAGAGCCCGGUUCGUCCCUCGAGUGACGUGUACUGUGACGGCCACCAUUCACUGGACGCGGUAUGGGUACUGUACUCAGUUACUGUCAACAGUGCGCCCUUAUAGCUCCAUUGGUGGCCGAUAGCGGGUGCCAAAUUACGUCGGCCACCGUCAGCCACUGAAGGCUGAUUAUGAUCAUGAGGUCUCACAUGAAAGGACCAGCAUGGGCAUUGAUUUUCUUCGCUGUGACCACUGGAGCGGCUCCUCCCGAAAAGUCCAAAUAUGACCUCUGGAGCACCAACCACGCUUCCGACACGUUCAGCUACGACCUGCCCUGGAACGACUGGGAGGUGACCACCGCCACCUUCCGCAACUCCAACGGGACGAACUCGUCGGCCGGGUCGCGGCCCGGGCCGGUCCCCAGCGGCAUGGACCUGAAGGUGCUGAAGGAGCUGACGGCCGAUCUCCGUCGGAACCAGGCCAUCUCGCCGUUCGUCAUCAGCGUGACCAUGUCGCAGGUGUGGCUGGCCGCCGACGGCAUCACAAGGAACGAGAUCACUCCGACACUGGGUCUCACCACGCCGAACCCCAAGGACUUCCUGCUGCGCUACCACGCCGCCAUCAGCUACCUCUCCCCCCUCUCCUCUGGCAGCGUCACCGCCGCCGCCUACAGCCGCCUCUACGUCAGCGAGCGCAUCUCCGUCCUACCCGCCUUCUCCAGCGUGCUCUCCAGGUACUACCUGACCAAGGAGCGACCUUUCUCCUCACCGGCACAGGCGGUCAGCGAGAUCAACCGAGAUGUGACCAAUAUGACCGGAGGACGCAUCAGCAGCGUGGUUUCUAAAGAGGAGAUACAGGGCGCCAGCUUCUUCACAGUCGGUGCAUUCUACUUCAGAGCACCAUGGAAGACAGCAUUCACGCCAUCUCAGAAGAUGUCUUUUUUGACGGCCGCUGGGGAGAAACAAGUGAAGGCGAUGACUCUGAAUAAUAUCAUCCUGCCUUACAUCAAGGAAGCGACGUUCGAUGCCAUCUCGUUACCGUACUCGGACGGGAAUUUCAGCAUGCUGCUGCUGCGGCCGAUUCAGCGUACGAUGGACGCGGUGACGGCUCUGAGAGUUCGCCUGGACACCCUGAAUGUCACAGACGUUAUGGUCCAACUGGAGUCAAAGGCGUCUAAAAACAUUCUCGUCAAAAUGCCUACUUUUACCAUCGAAGGAAAGAACAGCUUAAACCCUGCUAUGCAUGCACUUAGAAUCAGUAAAAUAUUCGCUCCUGGUGCCAACUUCAAGGGCAUCACUGAUCAGCAAGGUCUGUAUUUAAAUGACAUUUUUCACACGGUGUAUAUAAAUGUUUCCGAGACGGGUGAAGACUCAGCGAAAGAUACUACUGCACCGGCUCAGCCGCCGCGCCGCUCACUGCCAGGGCCGCUGUAUUUCGAACUAGACAGACCGUUCUUCGUCAUUAUUUACAACAGGUUCUGCAGAACCAAUUUCCUUUCUGCGUUUAUAGCUUCACCAUGAAUAUUGUGUAUGGUUUGAGGGCUUUUGAAGGGGUGUAUCAGUAUUUAUGAUGAAAUGUUAGCCGUUGGUGUGUUGCGUAAUAUGUUCACAAAUAGUUUCUGCGAUACUCCGAAAGCAUGUCAACAAAAAUGUUCGCAUAUAGAUAGUUCCUCUUGGACGAAUGAAUGAACAAAAAUGAAUGAAUAAAUAUGUAUGUCAUCCUUGUCA